CACAUUGGCCCGAUGGCUUUUCAGGACCCCAACCAUCCCCUGCAAACCCAGCUUUGUAGCAAUGUUUUCGGGGCUCUCACUGGAUUAAUACAGCCCCCUCUAGCUGCUGGGCUAGGUGGGGGGCAGAAGUUCUAUUGCAAUAAUGGGGUACAGAUAGCCUCCCCCCAGCAGCAGCCGACGGGCCCUGGCGCCGCAGUGAUGGUGGAGCCCGAACCGGACCGGCCUAUCGGUUACGGAGCUUUUGGCGUGGUUUGGUCGGUGACUGAUCCCCGAGACGGAUCACGAGUUGCACUCAAAAAGAUGCCCAACGUUUUCCAGAACCUGGUCUCUUGUAAACGGGUCUUCAGGGAGCUGAAAAUGCUCUGCUACUUCAAGCACGACAACGUCCUUUCGGCGCUGGACAUUCUCCAACCUCCGCAAAUUGACUGUUUUGAGGAGAUUUACGUCAUCACAGAGCUGAUGCAAAGUGACCUUCACAAAGUCAUUGUGUCUCCACAACCCCUCAGCGCCGAUCACAUCAAGGUCUUUCUCUAUCAAAUCCUCAGGGGCCUGAAAUAUUUGCACUCUGCCGGUGUUCUUCACCGGGACAUCAAACCUGGGAACUUGCUAGUCAACAGCAACUGUGUCCUCAAGAUCUGCGACUUUGGUUUGGCCCGGGUAGAGGAGCCGGAUGAGUCUCAGCACAUGACUCAAGAGGUGGUAACUCAGUAUUACCGGGCCCCUGAGAUCCUGAUGGGUACCAGGCACUACGGGCGCCCAAUUGACAUCUGGUCUGUGGGCUGCAUCUUUGCUGAGCUCCUGGGCAGGCGGAUCCUCUUCCAGGCCCAGAGUCCCAUUCAGCAGCUGGAUCUGAUUACGGAUCUCCUGGGGACUCCUCCGGUGGCUGCCCUCCAUUCGGCCUGCGAGGGGGCCCGCGCUCACAUACUGCGUGGCAGUCACAAGCCACCAUCGCUGUCUGUCCUUUACAUGCUCUCGGGAGAAGCCACCCACGAAGCCAUCCAUCUGCUUUGCCGGAUGCUGGUCUUUGACCCGGCCAAAAGGAUCUCUGCCAAGGACGCUCUCUCUCACCCCUACUUGGACGAGGGGAGGCUGCGUUACCACACCUGCAUGUGCACCUGCUGUUUCUCCGUCUCCUCGGGGCGCGUCUACACCAGCGACUUUGAGCCCCGGGCGGAUCCCAAGUUUGAUGGCUCUUAUGAGAAGAAUCUCACGUCGGUCUGGCAGGUCAAAGAACUGGUGCACAGGUUUAUCUUGGACCAGCAGCGGGGUAAGCGGGUCCCUCUCUGUAUCAACCCCCAGUCGGCUGCCUUCAAAACCUUCAUCCGCUCUACAGCAUGGCAUUCCUCCAAAGUGUCCAAAAAGGAGGAGAGAUGAAGGUGUUCGUCGAACGGGGUGAAGAAAUAAAAAGGGAAAGG